AUGGCCAACCAUUCAUCGACUUUCACAUGCUAUAAAGGCCUAUGCAUCAUCACGGAUCAAAACAACGGUGCUGUCAUUGCUAUAAUCAAAUUCACCCCAUUUGAUACCAUGUCUCGAGAUGAACUGAGUGAACUUGAAGCAGUAUCCAAAUAUCUUGUUGAAGAAAAAUACUUCUGUAAUCCGGUCACUUUGAAUGCCGCUAUGAAAGGUGGGUACAUGGGCGUCAUAGGAUGGAGAGCAGCUUUCAUGUCAUUAGAGUACUACGGCCUCUAUGCUCCCCGAAAGUUUAUUCAAGAUAACAAAGACCUCUUGGAUCAGUGGGUGAAACGCUUACCCUUUCGCGCCAGACUGGAGGCAUUUUAUGCACAACAAUACUCUUAUCUAUCAGAGUACUUUUUCAAACAAGCCCAAGACCAGAUGAAAGAUUUAAAGAUACCAUCUUUUGGGCAACUUCACUCAACAGACGCCGAAGAAGGUACUCGGCAUGGGCAUGCGGGAAAUUUAUCUUUCACGAUGAACAAAUUCAACAACACCGCACAUGCAGAUCAUGACUCCUCCACAGCAACUUUUCUCUUGUCAAUUCCUGUUUCUAAAGACGGAAGGCUCGCCACAAAGGCACAAGGGUUUGACGUGAUUGAUGGGCGUGUUAUAAUUGACUACGGGGCAUGUGAUGGUCCUGUAAGUGUGAUCUUCUUUGGUAACAAGGACCGCCAUUGUACUCUACCUUCACAAGAGCCUUCCCAAAAUUUCACUCGACUAAGUUCAUCAGUCCAGCUCAACGAACGUUACAUGGAUAAGGUGAUCAAUCCUGGACCUCCACUCAAUAAACAUGGACAACAGAAGGACAUUGGAGAUCUUGCUUCUCGGUUGAGCACGUACUAUGACUCUUUGUAG